AUGCAGUCCCUCCGACAGUUGUCCAAGGUCGCAGCGCGGUCAACUACAAGUAAAAGAUGGCUGCAGACCACUGCGGCGCGUCAUGCCAUCACUAACUUCACCAUGCCUGCGAUGUCCCCGACAAUGACUGAAGGAGGGAUUUCGUCGUGGAAGAAGAAGGAGGGAGAGAAGUUUUCUGCUGGUGAUGUGCUGCUGGAAGUUGAGACGGACAAAGCCACAAUGGAUGUUGAGGCCCCCGAUGAUGGUGUCAUGGGCAAGAUACUGGCCCCAGAUGGUUCCAAGAACAUCCCAGUCGGUCAGGUCAUCGCUCUAUUAGCAGAAGAGGGCGACGAUAUAUCCAACCUACAACCUCCUGCGGAUCUCAAGCCACCCGCCGCACCAAAACAAGAGGCCCCUCCAACACCCCCUCCCACCUCAACACCCACACCACCACCGCCCGCAUCCAUUCCGGAGAAGCAGCAAGGACAGCCGUCGCCGCCCGAAGGCCUCGCCCAUCACCAUAUGCACCCUGAGAGUUCACACCCGCUGUUCCCAUCCGUCGUCCGUCUUCUUGAGGAGGCUGGCAUCCAGAACGCCGACGAGAUUAAAGGCACAGGCGUCCGUGGGAUGCUGACAAAGGGUGACGUACUUGCGUACUUGGGCAAGGCGAGCAGUCCGCUAGGCACAUAUAAGGUAGACAUGACAGAGGGUGCGACUCCGCCGUCCCCGCCGUCCCCACCGCCUCAGAAGCAAGCGGUCCCUGUCCUGGAUGGGGCUGCCGUGCGUAGGCUGAUCGUCAAUAACAUGCUGCAAGCUUCAUUGAAAGCGCAAGCAGCUGCAGUUCCCAAAGUUGUCGCAGACUUCGACUCGAUCAUUGCAGACUAUCUCCCUGCCACCGAGUCGACCCCUUCUGCUAAGGCCUCUCCCGCAAAAGCAGAGAAGGCUAGUGCUGGUGACUUAGAGAAGCUUCUCAAGGCGAGAUGA